CUGGUACGUAUAGGCACGGCCUAAGGGCUGCAUCGCAGAUCCGGGUGGUACAGACACUGCGCUGCCGCACGCUGUGGCAAGGCAAGACCCUGAGGGGGGCGAACAAGCGGAGACGAUUUCGCGCCUAAUGUGCACACCUGGCCUACGAGACGAUAAUACUCUAAAGCGGCUCGACGCAUGCAUUCGGCAGCUCGUGGCCGUCAAAGAUGACCGUCCGGGGACCGAGGUGCACCUCGCAGAGGAGGACGUCCUAUGGCUUGCACGAACGAGCCGUGGAGUUUUCCUCGAGCAACCGAUGCUGCUCGAGCUACAUGCGCCGCUGAACAUAUGCGGCGAUACCCACGGCCAGUACCACGACCUGCUGCGGCUCUUCGAGGUUGGGAACGGUGCGCGAAUUGAAACGGUGCCUUCGUCGACGGUAUAUGCGCUUGUCGAGAGUGUCUCUACUGCCGUACAUCGGUCCACGGCGUGCUCACUCAUCGCGUCGAUCUCCACGCAAACGCGAGUCUGCUCGAUGGCGCGGCGGUCAACGCCAGGCCCCCCCACCGCUCGACUAAGCCAGUACGAUCGUCGCCGAGCACACGGCUCACUGGUUAAUUUGCACACAGGUUGGUGGCUUCCCCCCAGCGGCGAACUACGUUUUUCUGGGUGACUACGUGGACCGGGCAAAACAGUCGAUCGAAACAAUUGCGCUUCUGCUGUGCUACAAGAUCAAGUACCCGGAAACCUUUUUCCUUCUGCGCGGCAACCACGAGUGCUCGGCCCUGAACAGGAUCUACGGGUUCUACGAUGAGUGCAAGCGCCGCUACUCGAUCAAACUCUGGCGCGUCUUUGGUGACUGUUUUAAUUGCAUGCCGGUCGGUGACUCUGAGCACCUGAAGUUCGUGUGUCUUCACCUUGGGGCCGUGCGUCGCACCGAGGGCGUCAACCUCCGCCGUCGACGCGGCGUGUUCGUCGGAGAUUCACGGUGGGGAGAGCGCCGCGACAGCUUCGUUUACGCAGGUGGCAGCCAUAGUCGCCGACAAGAUCCUGGCCAUGCACGGUGGCCUCAGCCCCGAACUCGCGUCGCUCGACCAGAUCGCCAAAAUAGAGCGGCCGACCGAGGUCCCUGAGGACGGGCUGCUCUGCGACCUCCUCUGGUCGGAUCCGGACCCCGCGAUCAUGGGAUGGGGCUACAACCUGUGUGGGAAAUCAACCAGUAAACUAGGUCCCGAGAAUUGUGUCGUAGCGCGACUGAGGUAACCUUGCCGGCGACCGGGAGGGUAGUGGAGUUCUCAGAUAAGGCGUCGGGUUGAUGGG